GCUACCAUAGAGCGGAGGAGAGAGAAGGGCGAGGAAGUGCCGCCCCCAGCCAAUGACGCCGCGCUCCCUUUUGAAUGCGGCGGCGCCUCUUCCCGGAGAGGCUGCUUCGAAGGGAGGGGGCGGGGAAAGCCGCUUUCCCGAGCUCCGAUUGGCCGGCCGGCGCGGAGGAGUUAAAGAGCCGUCGGCCAAGGCAACGAAAGUUGUCCUGCCGUGGGGAGGUCGCCGAGCGGAGGAGCCGGGAUGCAACGGCGGGGAGCGCCGCCGCCCGACACUCCCGGCCGGGUGCAGAACCCUUUCGAGAGCCCCGGCGACGUCCGCCACUUGCAGGAGCAGACCGUCUGCAGCCCCAGCGCCUUCCGCGCCGCCCCGCCCGCGGGGGAUCGACAGGGAGGUUGAAGAACGGAGGCAAAGGGCCAUCGAAGAGUUUUUCACCAAAAGCAUCAUUGUCCCAUCGCCCUGGACCGAUCCCAUUGGGAAACAGGCUUCUCAGCUGAAUUCAACCAGAUGUGCUGAGCUCAACGAUGCUUCGCCAGUCGGCCGAGAAAUAGUCGUGCAGCCUGGGAAAAAUAAUGCUGCUUGUCAGACUGUGUUAUCUUUACCUGUGGAUUUUGAUUUGGAAAAGAUACUGGGUGACCAUUUCAAAGCCGAUGAAUCGGCCGACCAGUCCCAGGAAAGCCUGAGCACAUCCUCCUUGAGGAGAAAACUCUUUUUGGACGAGAACGGCAGCCUCUCCUCCGAGAACUUCUCCCCUUCUCCCGGCUUGCGUAACGGUCCGGCCUCCUUAGGCGUCCUCUGCUCUAUCGACCUCUCUCCGGUCCGCUGCAGGAGCCCUCUGAGUUCUUCCAGCUCAGGCCAUGUUUCUUCCAGCCCCAUCCGGGGGAAGGCCAGGGCGUACAGUUUGGGCAGCCUUCCUAGUCCUUCCUUGGCAUGCAGGAGUCCGGGAAAUCUGGCGUCGCCAACUUUCUCUCCCAUUGGCAUCCAGCUGAGAAAGACUCCACUGGCAGAUCAAAGGCAGUUCAUUUUCCGCUCUCCAGAUCUUCCUUCUGUUUCCAACGCCUGCCGUCAGGCUCCUACCAGCAGCAGGAGUCCCUACAUGGAAUACUCUCCGUUAAGGAGUCACUCACCCAUGAGGAUCCUCUCUUGCCGGGGUGCCGCCCUGUAUCAGAGCUCCUUCCUUCGUCUCCCUUGCACCCCGGAGAACUUCCAGGAAGAGCUGGCGGAGGCAGCCGAGGCUACGUCGGCUGGGAGUCCCAGGGCGGGCCUGACCCCAAUAAAUGAGGACAUCCUGUUAGCGGGCUCCCACUCCGAGAUGGCUGCUGGGUCUCUCUCACCGGAGACCCCCGAAAUAUUGGCACCACCCAGGCCCUGCUUGGAGUCCCCCGGAGAGAAACGGACAGUGGAAAUGGCCGAUCCAGAGAUGCUGGAUGAGAACUCGGUGAAGGGAUCGUCUGAAUGCGACAGGGGGGCCGUGACCGGACUGAGCAUGGAGGGGUCUUGCAUCUGCAUGGCUCCAUUGGCGGAAAGCAGUGCUUCUCCCUGCGAGAGCAGCAGUCUGCAGAUGGACAGUGGUUACAAUACCCAGGCUUACACCAGCAGCCUCAUGGAUAUAGCUGGAGGGGAGCUCAGCUGCAGAGAGCAUGGCGCAUUUGAGGCUCAGAGGAAAACCCACGUUUUCAGAAUGAAGCAAGGGAAAUUAAAAACUGGAUCCUGGGCUGAAAACGCUUGUCAAUCCAGCAGCCUCUUCCUGGAAGUGCCUUUGCCGAAAUGAUCUGAGCUGGCAUAGAUCUGCUUCUAACUGGGAUUGAGUAAGAGAGAGAGAGAGACUGAGACCAUCCACCAAUGCUGAAUGCCUAUUCUGACAGAUACAUUGACACUGGACUGGUACAACUGCCUUCCUGCAGCUGAAGGGAAAUGAAACCCAAAGACGAUCUACCUUGCCAUAACCAGCAAACUGACCCUGGGAUGUUAUGGGCUACAUUUGUACACUUGGAUUCUCACAAGGAGUCAGUUGGGAUUGAAACGCUGCUGCUAUAUGUCUUCGACAACCAUUGAUCCUUGGUCUACCCAAGUAGAGCCAGUUGUUCCUUAAUGUGCCAGUUAUGGGCUCACUUCAUCAGGCAGGGGCUUCCUUGCAUGAGCAUUGCCCACGUACAAAUAUAAAUGCCCUGGUCUUAAACUUAAGUUGAAGUUAAGUGUUUGGGAUUGGGCAUCGCCAACAUGCCAAACGGUGCGGCAGAGCAAUAGGUGUUACCUUGUUUUCUGUGAAAAUUAAUAGCAUUUGUUUAAAAGAAAUCUCUUUCGCGUCUCGUAUCGGAGCCCGAUGAAUUUUUAAUAAAGUAGCUGUGCUUUUUUCCCGUUUUUCAAAGUUUUAUUACCGAUGCAAAACAAGAACGACGUUGGUUUCAACAGGAGGCUAGAAAACAUUGUGAGAAUAAAUAAAGCUUUUGCACAAAAAAGGCAAUGUUCUGCCCAAUCUUUUUUUUUGUUUUUGUUUUUGAAUACUGGAC